UUUAAGGUUAUGUUAUAAUUUUUACACGGUAUUUUCAAAAUUGAUAUUUAUACGUAUAUAACAUUUUUUUAUUUCGUAUUAUUAAGAAGUUUUGUUAUGAAAGGUAUUCGAAAUUUGUCUGCUAUUAAAUCUAAACUGAUAUCUAAUAGUAUUGAAGAUGUACGUGUUGAAAAAGUUUUGAAAAUUUCUUUAAACGGUGAUUAUGCUACAUUACAAUAUGAAAAAAUAGGUGAUAAUACGUAUGAUUUAAUACAUACGAAUAUACCUGAACAGUAUCAAGGUUAUGGACUUGGAACGUUAUUUGCUAAUAAAAUAUUUGAAUACUUGUCAAACAAAAAUGCAAAAUUCAAAUUGACUUGCGAAUUUUUAGAAAAAGUAUUUAACGAAAGUGGUGAUAAGUAUAGAAACUUUGUUAUACCAAAAUAGUUUGUAAAUAUUAAAAAUUAUGUUUUUAUCUAUUAGUACUGUUUAUUUAGUCCACAAUAACAAUUUGUAUAUAUAUAAAUGAUAAAUAAGAAUGUAAAGUUGAAAAAGUAGAGGAAUAAUUAUUAUAAACAAUGUACUUAUACUUUGAUUGGAAUAUUGAUCUUAGAAUUUCUUUUUUGAAGCGGAAGAUUAAACAAAAGCUUCUCCUUUGACUCCCUUGUCUGUUUAUUUAAUUUACAGAAAAUAACAAGUAUACAUUGCCGGUCAAAAGUUUUUGCCCGCUCCCUAAUCCAUUCAUUCAUUAUAUUUAAUCUGUUUCUUAUUCUUCAACCCUUAUUUUCUAUUCAAAGACUUGAAAAAAUAGCUAGUUGGUCAAAGAUUUUCCAAAAAUUAAGAGACUAUGUUGGCAAUUAAGUUAUUCUUGUCCCCUGGCACCUCGUUGAUGAUAAUUAUCAUCAGCUUGACAGAAACAGUGUAACGUAGUGUGAUAUAUAGGAUGGGCAAAAACUUUUGACAAUAUGCUAAAGGUAAAUUGGUGAUUAUUAGAAAUUUUCCAUA